AACCCAGAUUUUCCCAUGGCCUCUCUGUACGUGGGCGACCUGCAYCCCGAGGUGACCGAGGCAAUGCUGUAUGAGAAGUUCAGCCCAGCGGGGCCGAUCCUGUCCAUCCGCAUUUGCAGGGACAAGAUCACCCGCCGCUCUUUGGGCUACGCAUAUGUCAACUACCAGCAACCGGUGGAUGCCAAGCGAGCCCUAGAGACCCUGAACUUUGAUGUCAUAAAGGGCAGGCCAGUGCGCAUCAUGUGGUCCCAGAGGGACCCCUCGCUCCGCAAGAGCGGGGUGGGCAACGUCUUCAUCAAGAACCUGGGCAAGACCAUCGACAACAAGGCGCUGUACAACAUCUUCUCGGCGUUCGGCAACAUCCUCUCCUGCAAAGUGGCCUGUGAUGAAAAGGGGCCCAAGGGCUAUGGGUUCGUGCACUUCCAGAAGCAGGAGUCGGCCGAGCGGGCCAUAGAUGCGAUGAAUGGCAUGUUCCUAAACUACCGCAAAAUUUUCGUCGGGAGAUUCAAGUCGCAUAAAGAGAGAGAGGCUGAAAGGGGAGCCUGGGCAAGGCAGUCCACCAGUGCUGACGUCAAGGAUUUCCAGGAUGACACCGAUGAGGAGGCCACCUUGCGAUGA